AUCCCAGUGGCACAGGUUGACCAAUGAACGUGGGAGUUGCCUUUAGUCCCGCCCUCCAUUAAGCUAGCUAGCAAAAAGUCAACACUCUAAGUCAAUCCAUCUGGAGGAAUUUGAAGUUAUAAACUGUAACCGGGAUUAUUUACUCCUCAUCACCAAUCAACAUGAGUGAUCCUUGGCAAGAGUGCAUGGACCACUGUGUGGAGGUCACCAAAACGGCUGGAAAGGUGAUCCGUGAGGCGCUACAGAAGGACAUCGCCGUCAUGCAGAAGAGCUCACCAGUUGACCUGGUGACCGAGACGGACCAGAGAGUGGAACAGCUCAUUAUAUCCUCCAUCAAGGAGAAGUACCCCACUCACAGCUUCAUAGGUGAGGAGUCGGUAGCAGCAGGUGCUCCCAGCGUUCUGACUGACAAUCCCACUUGGAUCAUCGACCCAAUCGAUGGCACCACCAACUUCGUUCACAGGUUUCCAUUUGUCUCAGUAUCAAUUGGCUUCAGCGUGAAGAAAGAGAUAGAGUUUGGGGUUGUCUACAGCUGCAUCGAGGACAAAAUGUACACAGCACGGAAAGGGAAGGGGGCAUUCUGCAACGGAAAACCCAUCAAAGUGUCUGGACAGGAAGAUAUUAGCAAAUCCAUCGUUCUGACAGAAAUGAACUUCAGCGAGGAUCCUAAGCGUUUCAAUACAAUGUUGGCUAACGUCAAGACCAUCCUCACCAUCCCUGUGCAUGGCAUGCGCUCCCCGGGCAGUGCGGCUGUCAACAUGUGUCUGGUAGCAUGUGGGUCGGCUGACGCUUAUUACCACAUGGGCAUCCACUGCUGGGACAUGGCGGGGGGGGCAGCCGUCGUCACCGAAGCCGGUGGAGUUAUCAUGGACAUUUCAGGUGGGCCGUUUGAUCUGAUGUCUCGGCGGCUGAUCAUCGCCAGCAGCAGAGCGAUAGCAGAGCGCAUCGCCAAGGAGAUAACAGAGUUUGACGUUGGCAGGGACGACACAGAAGGCUAGUAAAUGAAUUUCCGUCACGUUCCCUACCAAGUCUACGGCUACUCCACCAUCAGACUGUGUGGUUUCUAACAGUCCUGAUUCCGUCUUUGCCUAAAGAGCCAAAAUCAGAAACUGACCUCUGAAGAAAAAUCCUCUGAAGAUAAUCGGCGCUUAAGACUAUCAGUUUUCUUUCUGCUUAGCCUUUCACAGAUUCAGAUCACAUAUUUUGUAUUGUGUUUUUUGGAAACAAGUGAGUUUUUUUAGUUUUAUUCUUAUGUAUUUAUAACAAAGACGCACUCAGAGAUAAAUCACAGGUAAAGUUCCUUUAUCCAGCACUGAUGUGGUUAUUAAAUACCUAGUUUUCGACCAAUAAUAUAGCUUUUCCAGGCAGGAUUUUAUGUGUAAUUGUAAGUUGAAUAUAUUUAAUGAUAGACUUGUUUACACGGCACGUAUGAGAAGGUUUAGUACACCAAAAACUGCGCGCAUACAACCUGCACUGUGUGAUUUAUUCAACAUGUCUAGGCUUAUACACACUGCAGUGUUCAUGAAAACGUGUUGAGUGUGUUAAGGAUGUUAAGAAGGAAGAGAAUAAAGCACUAUAAAUAUA